UUAAUAAUUACAGCAGAUCCUCACUGUGCAGCUGUGCCGCGAUCCACCUCAGUGGUUGUUGGUGCUGGAUGGAACAACAAUGUCAGACCUGCGAGUGUGUGUGUCUGACUUUGAGAAGGAAGCAAGGAGAAUUCUUCCUAAAGCUGUGUACGACUACUACCGCUCCGGAGCCAAUGAGCAGAGCACACUGGCUGAUAAUGAGGCUGCCUUCAACAGGUGGCAUCUGGUUCCUCGGGUGCUGAGGGACGUGUCCACAGUGGAUCUGUCCGUUUCUGUGCUGGGACAGAGGCUGAGCAUGCCGCUGUGUGUCGCAGCCACAGCGAUGCAGAGGAUGGCUCAUCCUGAGGGGGAGACGGCCACUGCGAAAGCCUGCAGAGCGGCGGGGACAGCAAUGAUGCUGAGCUCCUGGGCCACGUCCACCAUAGAGGACGUGAUGACAGCAAUGACCGUCUCCACAGGCAACGAAGGUGUCCUGUGGAUGCAGCUUUACAUCUAUAAAGACCGAGAGCUGACCCUGUCAUUGGUCCGCCGUGCAGAGAAGGUGGGCUAUAAAGCUAUCUUCGUAACCGUGGAUACGCCGUACCUGGGGAGGAGAUGGGACGACAUGCGCAACCGCUUCAAACUGCCCCCACACCUAAACAUGCCUAACUUCUCUACAGCCUCUCUAGCUUUCUCUGAGGGAAACUAUGGCAAUGACAGUGGACUGGCCGUUUAUGUUGCUAAAGCCAUAGACCCCACUAUCUGCUGGGACGACAUCACCUGGUUAAAAAAGCACACACACCUGCCGGUGAUUGUCAAAGGAAUACUGAAUGGUGAGGACGCAGUCCAGGCUUUGAAGUUCGGUGCUGAUGGCAUUUUGGUUUCUAAUCAUGGAGCUCGACAGCUGGAUGGAGUUCCUGCUACGCUGGAUGUGUUAGAGGAGGUGGUCACAGUGGUGCAGGGCCGCUGUGAUGUCUACAUGGACGGAGGAAUCAGAAGAGGGACAGACGUCCUGAAAGCGUUAGCUUUGGGGGCAAAGGCCGUCUUCAUUGGCCGCCCGGUGUUGUGGGGCCUCGCGUGUCAGGGGGAAAUAGGAGUUACUGAGCUUCUGGAACUCCUGAAAGAGGAGCUGCGUCUGGCUAUGGCACUGUCGGGUUGUCGUUCCAUAUCUGAAGUGACGAGGUCUCUGGUGAGAAGAGUGGAGUUCACCUCCAGGAUGUAACGGAGCAAUCUGUGCCGGGAUCUCAACCAAUGAAUCCUGCUGUGGAUAAAUCUACGAAGGUCAGAGGAGCAGCCAGCGUCUUCAGACAAGUGAAUUAAGUUGUACUCAUGGAGCCACUAGCCUUCAUGGACGAUCUACACUGGUCUUCACUGUCACAGCAUGACAUGACUCUCUGACCAUUCAACAAAAGGACAGAUGACUUUCUCUCCAUUUCAUAUUUGUGAUCUUAAAUUAGUGAAUAGCAGGAAUAAUUAACAUCUGGUCCUUUAACAUCACAUUCAUGGUUACCGCUAUGCUGAUUUGUGUUUUGUAUGUGAUUCUGAUGCAUGUUAUUACAGAAGGGUUCUGAUAUUGCUGGUACAUUGUUUUAUGUCACACUGAAGUCAUUCAAUUCUGGAUUUGAUUUUUUUAGUAUUUUUAGUUGCAACACACUUUCUAUUAUCUGUCUGGUCACUGAUUUACUGAUGACAGAUCUGCCAGACUGCGUUAUGUCUAUGUACAUGUGACAAAUAGCGCAUCAAGUUCUGACAAGAAAAAGUGUUUGUCACACACACUGUUAUGU